GACAGUGACAAUUGUGAAAUUAGCGAUAUUGCGAUGCGAAUUGGAUUUUCGUCACUGUCUAUUAGACUUUAUCAGCAAAGAAAAGUAUUUUAUAUUUAUGCUCAAUAUAUAGUUUAAAAAGAAAUAGUUUUAUAUAAGAUUAUCCAAUCAUCAUGAAUCCAAUUUCAAUGGACAAAGAUGAACCUUCAUCUUUGUUGUCAUUUUCAACAAAUCACCCGCUAGAACAAUUUGUACUGUUAGCAAAAGGUGCUAAAGGUUUUGCGUGUGCAGAACUCAUCAAGCAAGUCCUAGAAGCACCAGGAGUGCAUGUAUUUGGUGAACUUUUAGAAAUCCCAAACAUUAAAGAGUUAGAAACUGGACCAUAUGCAACACACUUCAAAACACUCAAUCUAUUCGCCUAUGGGACAUAUAAAGAAUAUUUGGAGAACAAAUCAGAGUACUUAGAACUCACUCCUGUGCAAUGUAAGAAGUUACAACACCUUACAAUUGCAACACUCGCUACUCAAGAGAAAUGUAUUCCCUAUAGUGUGCUACUUAAAGAAUUGGACAUAAAGAAUGUGAGAGAUUUAGAAGAUCUGAUCAUAGAAGCUAUUUAUGCAGAUAUAAUUCAUGGUAAACUUGACCAAGAAUGCAAGAGGGUAGAAGUAGACGUAGCACUAGGUCGUGAUGCACGCCUCGAAGAUGCAUCAUCUAUUGCAGAUGUUCUUGCUGAUUGGUGCAAUGCAUGUGAACAGGUGUUGAGCUCCGUCGACAGGCACAUACAACGAGCCAAUCACGUUAAGCAGAAAGCUAUAAGACAUCAACAAGGCAUAGAGCAAGAGAUAGUUUACAUAAAGAAGACAUUAAAAACUCAACUGGAGAAUGAAGACUCUGCUUCUGGUGGAGGGGCUGAAACACACUCUGCACCGAAGAAGAAUUCUGGCAAAGGGAAAACUCCUCGCACCACCGCCAAGUUUUGGCAGAAAAAUACAUAACCACAAUUAAUUCAAAAAAAAUAUUCAGAUAUAUUUGAUGUGAAUAACUUUUGGGAUGACUGAUGAAUUUGAUAAUAUCAAAACAAAUAACAAAUAGAUUUAUGAAUAUUCCACAAGUUGCUCACAUCAAAUCUUCUGGAAGUAAGAAAUAUUUGUAAUUUGUGAUAAUGAUAAAUAAACGUUAGGUGUAUAUCUUUU